AUGCUCCGGCCGCGGGGUGUGGGGGCGAGUCCGCCGCCGCCUCGGAGCCCCGCCAGGAGCCAUCCCCGACGGAGGCCUGGACGCGGCCGUCCACGCGGACAAGACCGGGAGCGAGGAGGACCUUUACGAAGACGUGCACGGCUCCGGCCACCACUACAGCCACCCUGGCGGGGGCGGGGAGCAGCUGGCCAUCAACGAGCUCAUCAGCGAUGGCGGUGUGGUCUGUGCGGAAGCGCUCUGGGACCACGUCACCAUGGACGACCAGGAGCUGGGCUUCCAGGCGGGGGACGUCGUGGAAGUGAUGGACGCCACCCACCGGGAGUGGUGGUGGGGCCGCGUGGCCGGCGGCGAGGGCUGGUUUCCGGCCGGCUUCGUGCGGCUGCGGGUGAACCAGGACGAGCCCGCGGACGACGAGGCGCUGCGUGCCGGGGUGGGCGGGGCGGAGGACGGCACGGCGGGUGCGCAGAGCAGCGUCAGGGACCAGAUGCGCACCAACGUCAUCCGGGAGAUCCUCAGCACCGAGCGCGACUACAUCAAGCACCUGCGCGACAUCUGCGAGGGCUACAUCAGGCAGUGUCGCAAGCGCGCCGACAUGUUCAGCGAGGAGCAGCUGCGCACCAUCUUCGGCAACAUCGAGGACAUCUACCGGUGCCACGCGGCCUUCGUGAAGGCGCUGGAGCAGAGGUUCAACAGGGAGCACCCGCACCUGAGCGAACUGGGCGCCUGCUUCCUGGAGCACCAAGCGCACUUCCAGAUCUACUCGGACUACUGCAACAACCACCCCGACGCCUGCGCGGAGCUGUCCCGGCUCGCCCGGCUCAGCAAGUACACGUACUUCUUCGAGGCCUGCCGGCUGCUGCAGAGGAUGAUCGACAUCUCGCUGGACGGCUUCCUGCUGACGCCCGUGCAGAAGAUCUGCCAGUACCCGCUGCAGCUGGCCGAGCUGCUCAAGUACACGCACCCCCAGCACCGGGAUUUCAAAGACGUGGAGGCCGCCUUAGACGCCAUGAAGAAGGUGGCCCGGCUCAUCAACGAGCGGAAGCGGAGGCUCGAGAACAUCGACAAGAUUGCGCAGUGGCAGAGCUCGGUAGAGGGCUGGGAGGGGGAAGACCUCCUGGCGCGGAGCUCCGAGCUCAUCCACUCGGGGGAGCUGGCGCUCGUCACCCUGGUGCCGGCCAAGAGCCAGCAGAGGGUCUUCUUUCUCUUCGACCACCAGCUCAUCUACUGCAAGAAGGACCUCCUCCGCCGCGACGUGCUGUACUAUAAGGGCCGCGUGGACCUGGGCGGCCUGGAGGUGGAGGAUGUGGAGGACUGCAAGGACCGGGACCUGCAUGUGAGCGUCAAGAACGCCUUCCGGCUGCGCUGCAGCGCCACCGGCGAGAGUCACCUGCUGUGUGCCAGGAAGCCUGAGCAGAAGCAGCGCUGGCUCCAGGCCUUCGCCAGGGAGAGGCAGCAGGUGCGGCUGGACCAGGAGACAGGCUUCUCCAUCACCGAGCUACAGCGGAGGCAGGCCAUGCUGAAAGCCAAUAAGCUGCAGGCGGCCGGGAAGCCCAAAGCCCUCGGCCGGCCCUACUACCUGAUGCGCCAGAAGCCCCCGGCGCUGCCCGCCAGCGUGCCCCAGCCGCAGGUGCUGGUGCUGGCGGAGCCCAAACGGAAGCCGUCCACCUUCUGGCACAGCCUCAGCCGGCUGGCGCCCUUCCGCAAGUGAGCCCGCGCCCCCCGCCGCACUGUCCGGACCUGCUCUGCCAGCUCCCCGCCCCGGGCCCACCCGCGGCCCCUGUCCCGCUGCAGACCCGAGUGAGUGGGGCUGAGCGAGGGCGGGG